CUGGUCGCUAGGCCCUGGGUCCAGGCGGGGCUAAAGGGGAGGGGCUUGGGCUGAGCCCACCCCACCCCCCUUGGGGAGGCGGUGAUGUCAGCUGAAGCCACAGCAGACCUGGUCCCGCCCCCUGAGGCCUGUGCUCCGCUGGUCCCAACCCAGCAGCGACGGGAUGGCGGGGUAACGGGUGUGACCUUUGAUCUCAAACCUCUGAACCCCAGCAGCAAGUAUGUGAAGCUGAACGUGGGGGGAUCCCUGCAUUACACCACGGUGCAGACCCUGACCAAGCAGGACACCAUGCUCAAGGCCAUGUUCAGCGGCAGGAUGGAAGUGCUGACGGAUAGUGAAGGGUGGAUCCUGAUUGAUCGAAGCGGGCGCCAUUUUGGGACCAUCCUGAACUACUUGCGAGAUGGUUCUGUUUCCCUCCCCGAGUCCCAACGGGAGCUGGAAGAGGUGCUGUCCGAGGCCAGGUACUACCUGAUUCAAGGCUUAGUGGAGGACUGCCAGCUGGCGCUCCAGCAAAAGAGUGAAGCUUUUGACCCCCUCUGCCACAUCCCCAUGGUGACCUCUCCGAAAGAGGAGCAGCAGAUCAUUUCAAGCUGUUCCAAGCCUGUGGUGAAAUUGCUGCACAACAGAAGCAACAACAAGUACUCGUAUACAAGUAACUCCGAUGACAACUUGCUGAAGAACAUCGAACUCUUCGACAAGCUCGCUCUGCGGUUCAACGGGCGGGUGCUCUUCAUCAAAGACGUCCUUGGGGACGAGAUCUGCUGCUGGUCGUUCUACGGUCAGGGCCGCAAGAUUGCUGAGGUCUGUUGCACCUCGAUUGUGUAUGCCACCGAGAAGAAACAGACUAAGGUGGAGUUCCCAGAGGCACGGAUCUUCGAGGAGACCCUGAACAUUCUGAUCUACGAGACCCCAAGGGUGCCAGAUAAGGCUCUGCUGGAAGCGACAGGUGGGGUAGCGGGAGGGGGUGGAGGCCCCCUCCGCGCAGGCGAUGACGAAGAUGGGCGGGAGCACCGUGUCCGGCGCAUUCAUGUCCGCAGGCAUAUUAUGCACGACGAACGUCCUCACGGUCACCAGGCCGUUUUCAAGGACUAAUCCUGCCUCGAUCCCAGUGUUGUUGUCACGCUGCCCGUCCAGUGCCAAAGGAGGCCCCAUUUCCUCCUUUUGACC